AUGUCUUCUGCGUCUUUGGUCACGCUUGCAGCGGAAGCAAGCACGCAGUGGCCAGUUGUUCGUAAUGCAUACGAAUUUGUAAAGUCGAUCGGUAUGCUCUUUCCACUUUCUAACUGGUUCUCAGGGCAAGGUGCUACGUCCGUAGUACACGAAGCCGUCUGCAAGUCGCUUAAUCGUAAAUGUGCUAUAAAAAUUAUAAAUCUCGAUAAAUCGAGCACCUCAGCUUCUCUUGACGAAAUUAACCGCGAAAUUAAGUCAAUGAAGAAUAUGAAAAACGAAAAUAUAGUGGCAUACUAUUCCUCCUUUGUUGAUGGGACCGAGUUAUUCAUUGUAAUGGAUUUGUGCCAGAGAGGGUCUCUUCUCGACGUGAUUAAAUUUAUUCAAAGCGAACGGGACACAACCUACGGAGUUUUUGACGAAAAUACCAUUGCUACUAUCUUGCGCGAUGUUCUUCGUGGUCUCGCUUACAUCCACGAAAGUGGACUAGUUCACCGUGAUUUGAAGUGUGGAAACCUGCUUGUUAAAGACGAUGGGGUGAUUCAGAUAGCUGAUUUUGGGGUGGCUGGAUUCCUUGCAACCCAGCCUAUGUCGGCGACCGGAAGUGUGGAUCUUCGGAGGUAUACGUUUGUGGGCACACCUUGUUGGAUGGCCCCGGAAGUUAUGCAACAGGUAUGUGCAUCUCCUCCCCAACUACCUGCACACACCUUAUUGUCAUCUUUAUAUAUAUUUCUCUCAAAGACCCUUGGCAAGUUUUCGUGA